AUGUUGAAAAAUAUUUUAUCAGCUAUUUAUUUUUUGUUAUUUAUUGCAUUCAUAAGUAACUUUGUAUUCUGUGAACAUUUAGGGCUUAACAACACGUCCAUUUUUGCAAGCUCUCAAAAUGAAAGUGAUGCAAUACAGAUAUUUGAAAAAUUAACAAGAAAUAUAAUUGCAGAUGAUUUAACUACUUCAAUUUCAAGAGGUUGGUGGACACUUUCAAAGAAGUUAAUUAUUAAAACACACGAACAAGGUAUUGAUUUAAGUCCAGUCGUACGUUCAGCAGAACUCUCAAUUAGAAGAGAGCUGAAUGAACUUACUAGACUAUUAAACAAAAAACACAGUGAGGUUGCAACUUUAUCUCCUGCAUUCCAGUGGGCUCAGUCAUCUGAUCUAGUUUAUUUGAAUAUAAAGUUUACAUACAGAUGGAAUGCUCCAGGUGCAUUGAAAAUAGAUAAUGAAAUAGUUUCGAUUCACGAUAAUGUAUUUUUUUUUUCUGCAAUGGGGUCACAUUCUCACGAAAAAAAAAAAUAUGUCCUAAAUCUCGAGUUGUUCGAUGAGGUUGACUCAGAUUUAUCAGAGUGUUCAUUUGGAUCUGUUGGAAAGCUAUCUUGCACUCUUUUUAAAAAAAAAUCGAAUGCUAUUUGGCCAAGAUUAUUGAAAGACCAGAAACUUAAAAUUCCGAAUAUGCAUAUAUGGUGGGAAAUGAGAGAAAAACAUGAAAACUUAAAAGCUAAUUCAAGUAUUCCUGAUGGAAAUCCCCCAUCAAGUGUUUCUAAUGAGACUAAAGGUUUAAAAUAUAAUUCAAAUUCUACAAUUAACGAAGAGCUCUAA